UAGUUUAUUUACAAUUCAACCACAAACGGACUCAAAAUUUGUGUAUUUUUACAAUGACAACUCUUAUAGAACAGUUAAUAACGAAAAUGGGACUGCGGGAUGAGCCCAAAAUAUUGGAGAAAACCACAGAAUUGGUGCGUCUUCUGGAGCUGCGUUCUACAAAUGUUCCCCUGCAGAUCAACGAAUACGGCAAAAUAGUUCUGUGCGCAGAUCUGGCGUCCUGCGUGCUGGGCAUUGGCUUCGACAAAGAGCAGGCUCUUAAGUUGUCCGGACUGCGCAAGAGCCACUACCUCAACAACAAGCGUAUGUUUGAGAAGCUGUUGGAUCUAAAUAAGCUGGCCAGCGUGAAUGAUAUCUGCGUGCAGCUGAACCUCAACGAGAUGACCCGCAAGGGCGAGGAGCUGAUGACCCUCUUUAAAGCGUUGGCGGCCACGGAAGGCACCGGCACUGACACCGAACAUCCUCAGUAUGCCGCCAUGGCCGUAUUCCAAGCCUGCCGCCUGCUCAAAAAGAAGGUUUCCAAGACUAAGUUCAUGCCCUUCAGUAAUCUGCGACCCACCCAAUGGCAGCAGCUGGAACAUCAAUGGGACAACAUGAUAGCAAAGCAUUACAAGGAGAGCAAAGUGGUGUCUGCCACCGAUAUGGAAGAGAAGCUAAAACAGAGCCAUCAGGAAAAUAUCAUCGGAAAGGAUGGCAAGAAGGCACAGAAACCACAAGCGGAGGAUUACGAGAAAUGGAAGUCAAGGAUGCUCGCUAUGGCCCAGGCCAAGCUAAAGGAAAUGGAGGCAUCAAAUUCAGAAGACCAGCUCGUUGAUAUCGAAGCCUAAGUUAAAACGUUUUACAUUUUUUAACCUUGUCCAUGUGAAAUCCAGUUUUAUAUUUGUUAGUUAUUCGCUUUUAUUUCAACGAACAUUCUCAUUAGUUGUAGUUAAAGAUACAAAAAGCACGUUACAAAAAUAUAAAAAUUUAUCAUUGAUUAUAUGAUGCAGUGAGACCUAAUUACAUAUUAUAUAUUACUGAUAUUA